UUGCUAAGGAAGUAGUUAACUGAGCUACUCUUAAGUUAGCCUCUCUGGGUGCCAAACAGUAAACAGAGGUGUUUGUGAAUUCAGCAAUGAGCUCCACCCACCUUCACCAAAGCUGCUCCCAGACAUGACAAGAGGAUGACUGAGAAUGGAGAGCCCAGCCCAGUCCUCAAGUCCCGCGAAGCUCCUGCUAAAGGAGAUUCAAGUGGCAAUGAAAGCAGGGCGCUCAAGACCUCCUUAGUAGAUCCCAAACCCAGCAAGGAGGAGCCCAGCGAUGCCCUUAAAGUCACUGCUAGAAAGGCAGAGGGGGAGAUCAGCCCGUACCAGCCUCGGCCACCCUCACUGCCCAGGCUGUCAAAGUCCAGCAGAAGUGUCUCGGUGGAGGAGGCUGUGAGAAACAGGAGGUUGAGAAACAGCCAGGAGAGUCUGAGUGACCCCGUUGAGACCGGCUCCUCCACGGACUCGCUUAAAGAGGACCAAACGGCCCCAGCUCCAGGUGGGUUCGUUCUCAGCGAUGACGUACCCAUCAGGACAGACCAGGACUCCAAUGCGAGACCCCUCUCUGCUGCUGCGGCAGGAUCCCCAGUCUUCCGGGACAGAGGUAGCAGUCUCUCCGAGUAUGAGAGGAGGCCCCACAGUCAGCAGAGCGACCCCACGGACCAGCAAGCGAGGCCCACCAAGGUGCGUCUGUCUCCCGUGCAGCCCACGGGGACGCUGCCUGCUCUGGGAGAGAGCUUUGCGUCAGCCACUUUAAGGGCGGCUAAUAGGAUUGACAGGGAUUGUCUGGAUUACGCCGUGUUGGCCAGAGAGAAACUCGGGGAGAGACUCCACAGGAACUUGAGCGACAGCCGGCUUCUGGACAACAUGGGGUCGGAUAGCACCUCUGUCAACUCCAUGAAGUCCACCUACAGCGUGCUCAGCCCCAUCAGACCACAGGAUGUGAGGAACAGGAGCUUUCUGGAGGGCAGCGUGCUGGGAAGCGGUGCCUUGCUCGGGGCAGAGGAACUGGACCGCCACUUCCCCGACAGGAGAGUGAGCAUCUACGUAGCCACUUGGAACAUGCAGGGAGAGAAGGGGCUUCCAGGUAACUUGGAUGAUCUCCUCCUUCCAACAGUUCCAACAGACUCUGAAUUUGCACAAGACUUUUAUAUUAUUGGGGUCCAGGAGGGCUGUCCAGACAGAAGGGAGUGGGAGACCCGUCUCCAGGAGACUCUGGGGCCGUACUACGUCAUGCUGUAUGCAGCUUCACAUGGUGUUUUGUAUUUAACUGUAUUUGUCAGAAGAGACCUCAUCUGGUUCUGUUCAGAGGUGGAGCAUGCCACGGUCACAACCAGGAUCAUCUCUCAGAUCAAGACCAAAGGGGCCGUGGGAAUCGCCUUUACCUUUUUUGGCACUUCCUUCCUCUUCAUCACAUCCCAUUUUACCUCUGGAGAUGCCAAAGUUUACGAGAGAGUACUUGAUUACAACAAGAUCAUCGAGGCUCUAGCUCUUCCCAAAGGCCUUCCAGACACCAACCCAUAUCGCUCCACAGCAUCUGACGUCACCACAAGAUUCGACCAGGUCUUCUGGUUUGGAGACUUUAACUUUCGGCUGUGUAAAGACCGGGUCGACGUGGAGGCCAUCAUGAGCCGCACGGUGGGCGGCGAGAUGGGCCCUCUGUUGGAGCAUGACCAGCUCUCCAAGGAAAUGAAGGAUGGUUCAAUCUUUAAAGGUUUCCAAGAGGCACCAAUACACUUCCUCCCCACAUACAAGUUUGACGCCGGCUGCGAUAUCUACGACACUACUUCUAAACAGAGAACGCCUUCAUACACAGACAGGAUCUUGUUCAGGAGCAGACAGGCCGAUGACAUAAAAGUGGUCAAGUACACCAGCUGCUCCAGCAUCAAGACCUCGGACCAUCGGCCCGUCGUCAGCGUCUUCCAGGUCAAACUCAGGCCAGGCAGAGACAAUAUUCCACUGGGUGCCGGACAGUUUGACAGAGGCUUGUACUUGGAAGGCAUCAGGAGGAGGAUCACCAGAGAGCUGAAGAGGAGGGAGGCCAUGAAGAACCAUGGUAGCAGCAGCAUCUGCACCAUCUCCUAAACCCCUUAAAACAAACUCUCCAGACCGGAGUGGACUGAACCGUGCCAGAAACUGGAAUGUAAAACCAGACGGAGCGGAAGAAAAAUGGAACAAAAGGAAACCAGAGUUGUCUUAAACUACACGGAGCCCAGAGCUGGUCGUGGUAACUGAGCAGAGUGCGCCCUCUGGUGGGCAUUGUUGGGAACUGUCCGUGUGUGUGUCUGUUCUUGAGGGCAGGGACCUCGAGGUCAGACACACACAGAGAGGUUUGCAGACACAGCAGCAGUCUGGCCUUUUAUUUAGUCAGCCCCCUCUCCUCAAACAUGAGUGAGACUGAGCGGGGGGGGUUACUCUUUACUCUUCAGUCACAUGAUCCAGUGUGAACUGAUCUAACCUUAAAGGCUCCGUAACUGCAUUCAUUCUGUAUUUUUUUUGUUUCCAAAGCAUUGUGAACCACAAUGGUAUGUUUUUUUUCUGUCAAAUGCCUUGUGAAUUUGUCAUCAAAUAUAAACCUAAAAAAAUAAUACAAACAUAAUUGCAUUUUGGUGACACGUGCAACUUUUAAAUGUGAUUUAGGCAUCUGGCAUUGGUCAAUUAUAACUUGAAUUUUGUUCUGUUUGUUUACUUCAUUGUGUUGUAGGAGAGAUCAGAUAUAUGACUGAAGAAGGGAUGGCAUUGAAUAACACUACAGUUGUUACAUGCUUCUGUUGAAUUUCAGGGAGAUCAAAUGUAUUUCACAGCUUA